AACAGCUCGGUUCAAUACAUAAAAAGUAACGGAUUUCUUUUUAAAAAAGAACUUUUCCAAGGCUAAUAAUUUAUUCUAGAAUACAUACACGGACGGUAUGUUUUUAAAAAAUAAGUCUUAAAACUAUUGUUAUCAUUUCCAACGUUGCUUUAAAAUAAAAUAAGUGAUUGUAAGUGAAAGUCAUAAAUAAUAAUGAUCUAAUAACCUUGAGUGAAAGUACACUUUAUCAACAGCCAACUAGGUAUUAAUAUAUAUUAUAAUAUUGCUGCAACACUUAAGUAUUUCACUGUUGACGAAAUCUUAUGACAUGUCAAUAUGUUGUAAAACCAACGUACCUCCAGGCUCAUGACUAACAAUAAUUAACGUCAUCCGAGCAACUGCGUGUGUUUCGCUCAGUUACAGUAUUGGAAUACGUUGUUCGAUCCCGCUUGAAAAUGGACUGCGAAAUUGAAAAGUACAUUUUCGACCCGAAUUCGUUGUCCACCGACAAAGGGGAUGUCGGCCACGGCAUGUUUACUUAUUUGAACAACGAUCAAGACCGAUUCCUGUUGAGACCGCUGUGCUUGGACGAUUACGAACGCGGUUAUAUCGGCCUGUUGUCUCAACUCACUUCGACGGGAGACGUUACCAAAGAAAUGUUCACAGAUACAUUUAACGUUAUGAAAAACAACAACGGAGGUACACACUAUAUUAUAGUCGUACACGACACACAAAAAAACCGCAUUGUAGCGACCGGCUCGUUGAUAAUAGAAAAAAAAUUCAUACAUUCCUGUGGCAAACGCGCUAGAGUCGAAGACAUCGUGGUGGACUCUGAUUACCGAGGUAAAGGAUUCGGAAAGAUUAUCGUACAAAGGCUGAUAGCACUUGCCAAAAUCCUGAAAUGUUACAAAAUAUCCUUGGAGUGUUUAAACGCUAAAGUCAACUGGUACGGCUCAAUGGGUUUCGUCCAAGAACCGGGAAACUCGAAUUUCAUGCAAAUACGAUUUCAACAAGACUGAAUCAAGUUGAAGAUUUAAAAAUUCAUUUGUAAUAAUAAUGUAUAAGACCAAUACAACAAUAUCGUAUAGUUGUGUUGAUUACUUCUUGCGAUUUUCUAAAAGUCCGACUUCAUAUAUAUCA